AGCUGCCAUUUCGAGGUUGAUUGCUGCCCCUCCCCCACCUUCACUUUCUGAAUUAGGUUGAACGUGCGCUUUUCAAAUCAACCAUCAGUGGUGAGGAGUCGCACAACAUGCAUUUCCUCAUCAGGUUUGCACAGGUCCAUGAGUCUUUUCGGCUCGCCGAGAUCGAGGCCCUCGCCAUCGUCCAGGACGUGGACUUAAAAGUUCUGAAUUAUAGCCUUGAUUCCCCAUUUUGUAUUGUACAACUGCCCUCAGUCGAUGCGGCUGAGCGACUUAUCCAGAGAUCCAUCCUGGCCCAGUCUAUUCAUGAGUUAUGGGGUACCGGAACGACGCUCGAUGAAGUACACGCAGCCGUGAAGCAAGGGACACCACACCUCUGGGCGCAAUACAAGAUGGCAUCCUUCAAGUUUGCCGUGGAGCCAUAUCAGGGAACCCGCUCUAAUACCAAGAGGCUUGAACUCAUUAACUCGUUUCGGUUCCUGGGCUUUGAUGGUCCUAUUAAGAUGUCCAACCCAGAUGAGACUUUCACCAUUUUUGAGCAAUGGCCGCACAACAGUGUUCCUCUUGGAAUCCCAGACCCCACAGAAAUCCACUUGGGUCGAUACCUGGCGAGCUCAUCGCGAGACCUUAUCCAGAAGCUGGAUUUGAAGAAGCGAGAAUACAUCUCCACCACGAGCAUGGACUCAGAGCUCGCCUUGGUAACUGCCAACAUCGCCCUUGCGGCCCCUGGGAAGCUCUUUUACGAUCCCUUUGUUGGAACAGGCUCAUUCCCCGUCGCAUGCGCACAGUUCGGAGCUUUGGCAUGGGGAAGUGACAUUGACGGCCGCAGCAUGCGAGGCGAAGGCGGAAAGAAGAGCUUACAAGGAAACUUCGAGCAGUAUGGCUUGGGUGGAUGCCUAGGUGAUGUGUUUUCCGCCGACUUGACCCAUACUCCGAUGAGGAAACGCCGAUGGUGGGACGGAAUCGUUUCCGACCCUCCGUACGGAGUCAGGGAAGGACUGAGAGUGCUGGGUUGCAAGGAUCCCGAGAAGACCCCUUGGCUGAUCGAGGCAGGCAGGACGAAGGGAAAUGACCCGGAUUACGUCCCACCCAAGAAGCCCUAUAGCUUUCUAGCUAUGCUUGAUGACAUUCUGGUAUUUGCCUCCGAGACCUUGGUCGACGGUGGGAGGUUGUCAUUUUGGACUCCAACGGCCAACGACGAGGAGCUAGAGAUUCCAGUGCCCACCCAUCCUUGCCUGGAGAUUGUUGCCAUCUGUGUUCAGCCAUUCAAUAAGUGGUCGAGGAGAUUGAUAACCUAUCGUCGCAUACCUGAUGUGCAGGUGUCCCCGUCUACACUCGAGGACUAUGCGACCCGGAAGAAGCUUGCGACGGAUGGGACAACGGCAGACGAGCUCAAUCCAUUUCGACGUGGAUAUUUCAACAAGUUUGAGGUUGACGAAUAAAACGCAUAUACAGGAAGGCCACCCUUUGUCCAUCAAAUAUUCCCGUGCUCCGCAUAUAAAAUAAUAUCCGAUAAUCGCGACUUCAUAAAU